UAAGCCUGCAAUAUCAUGUGUCCUUUCAUUUCAAUACGUGCUAAUUUCUCUUCAAGAAGGGAUCUGUUGAUACGGUAGCGCAUUCGUGUUUUUGAUUUCCCUUCGUCUUGAUUUCAAGAUCGCCCUCUAUCGGCAUGGCUUUGUCAGCUCUGCGGUUAACUGCAUCACGUUUGGCAUCUCCGAUCAACCACGCCCUCCCAUCAAACUGGUCACGUGCUCUGGUCGCCACGGCAACUGGCUGUACAUGGAAUGGACGUCUCUCAUUCAGUACAAGCACCGCGACAAGGACCUGUUGGUCAACUAAUCCCGGUACGUACCGACCUUCCAAGAUCAUCACCAGGACAGUGCAGACACAAUCCGCCAUCACGACCAAUGAGGAGAUCGCCUCCAUAGCGAGAAAUGCCUCUGAGGAUUGGUUCGAGAUCACAUGGAAGGAUGGCUUCCAAGGUCAGUACCCUUACGUAUGGCUCCGGGACAACUGUCGGUGCGAGAAAUGCUACCAUCAGGUGUGCUACCAGAGGUCCUUUCUGAUGGCUAACCUUGACCCGGAAGUGAAACCUGUACAGGAAGGACUCACGGAGGACGGGAGAAUCUUGAAGAUCAAGUGGUCAGACGACCACGAUAGUAUCUACCCAUCCGAAUGGCUGAAACUCCAUCGCUUCGAUGAGACGGACUUCGACGUCGUCCGUAAGAUCAAGCCGGUGUCCUGGGGGUCUGAGUGGACGAUACCAUCCUACAGCUACGAGGACUUCAUCAACAACGAUAAGACGCUCUACGACUGGAUGGACAGCCUCGUGAAGUAUGGACUCGUCAUGAUCAAGUAUGCACCAGCUAGUGACGGGAUCUGUCAGAAAGUGUGCGACAGGGUCGGCUACGAGAGAUUCACCUGUUACGGAUCUGAUUUUAGGGUUGAAAAUUUGUUUGAUUCGAGUAGUUUGGCUUUCACAACCAACGAGCUCGGAUUACACGUGGAUUUACCAUACUACGAUUACAGGCCCGGGGUUCAACUUCUUCAUUGUAUUCGUCAAUGUGAGGUAAAGGGAGGAGACAGCCAGUUCGUCGAUGCAAAGCGAGUUGUAGAUAGGCUGAAAGCAGAAGACCCAGAAUCCUUUGAGACAUUGACCCAAGUCAAAUUGGACUUCCGGUUAAUCGGAAAGGACUUCAUCGAUACGCAUCUUCAACAGGCAAGACCAAUGAUAGAACUCACUGAUGACGGUGAAUUCAAAGGGUUGGCAUACAACGACCAAGUGAGGUCGCCCUACAUCAAUAUUCCUGUUCGCCAAGUUAAAGGCGUCUACAAGGCCCUAAAGAGAUUCCACACAGCUAUGUAUAGGAAAGAUAACUUUAUCAACUACAAGCUUAAAGAAGGAGAGGUAGUUACCUUUGACAACAACCGGGUAAUGCAUGGUCGCAGUGGCUAUACAGUGACCUUCGAAGAUGGCAAAGACAAGUCCAGGUUGCUUGAGGGCGCCUUCCUGGAUUGGGAUGAAAUUUAUUCGCGUAUUCGCCUUCUUGAUGAAGGGAUGAACGGCACACCAAAGCUGUAAAAUAUAUCUGGACAUCUGGACUGUAAAAGUAUAUCUGGACUGUAUUUAGAAAAAAUCUCUGGACACUAUAUUUUUAGAUGAGCGAAGUGACAACAAGCUACAGAUGUGUAGCAGAAUGCCCUUGAUAGCCUGUGUCGUGUGUGUUGGAUAUUACAAUCAUAAAGUGAGCGCUGCCUGACCAGGAGCAAUAUGCCAGCGUUCUGUAUAUUCUUUGGCUUUUAUUUUUCUGUAUCAGCUGGAGAUUUUGUUGUUAUCAUUUUCUUGAAACAUGUGUAAUAUGUACAGACGAGGUAUUUUCGGAUAAUUUUAUAGCAGCAAGGGAAGGGGGGAGAUAAUCAUUCCCAAAUCGGUUGCUGUACAUAAUUUAAAAGAAAAUGCGGGAAGGGGAAGCCCUGCCCCGGUCCCUCCACUUCUUCGGGAUUCCCGCCCCUGAAUGGAUAUGAGAUAAAUUCUGAUUCCUAGAGUCGGAUUCCCCCCCCCCUACGAAAAAUAGAUAAACCAUUGGAGAUAAUAAAUUUUCUUCAAUAUGCUUCCUUAAGUUAGGCUGGUGACCCGCUUCCUGAUGCUUCCCUCAGGGAUGCACAAUAGGACCUCACUUUUUCGAACUAUCACUGCUCACCGGUCAAACUAGCAUUGUUCGUGUAACAGUUUGCCAGAAGAUGCAAAACUCUACCAGGCAUUUUCCAAUUAAAGUGACUCUGAUGACACCGGAUUAGACAUCUCUGUUAUUUGCUGUGACUGAUUAGGUCAGGUUGUGUGUUGUUUACAAAAUACAUUCUUGGUUCCUUCCCGUACUAACAUGGUAUCGAUCCAAACACAUUUUGUACAUGUCACUGUUUCUCUUGCUCUGACAUAUCAAAUUCCCCAUUGUUUUUGUUAUCUUAUAUAUUUGUUAUAAAGUACGUUUUCCGACACCAUAAUGAAAUUCUCCUUGCCCAGACAAAGAGAUAGAGACACAAAUCAUCUUCAAGGGCGCUACGGGGGGGGGGGGGGGGGGGGGGCACCUGCUUCUAUGAUUCUCCAAGUAAUGAAUUAAAAAGUAAAGGCCUUGGACACAAUUAAGCCCUUUUUAUUAUGUUACUAUCCACCUCACUAUAGUCUAACGUUCUAACAAACUAAAAAAGAAUUUAAAGGGUUUCUUAAGAAAAGUAUUGGUAAAAAGGAAACAUGUUCUGAUCGAUGGUGGGUGAAAUAUGAUAUGAAAUGCGUAUUUCAUGUUCUGCAGCAAUUCGUAUACUUUCCCGUGUUCUUUAUUUUUAUACAUGUAUAUUUUUGUUAGUUUUCGAUUAGAGGCGCACGGCGCGGUUCCCAACGCACAAUGGGUCAACUCCCCGGCUAUUUUUCAGUUUUUAGUGUAUAACUGGUUUUCUUUGGGUUAUAUUAUUGGCCAAGAAUUCAGUGCCAUUCUGCAUGUAUUCCCCUCUGUAACUCUUGUACAAUUCGUUUAUCUUUGCCAAAUAAAUAAAUAUAAGAAUUGAUAUAAAUAAUUCUUAUUUUCCGAUGUAUUCCACAU